AUGUCUCGCUCCCGUUUUUACUGGGAUUACUACCUUCUCCGACCUCGCACCCAGGAGCGCGUCGCCUCACCCAGGACAGACCUUCGGGAAACAUUUGCUGAACUGACUUCAUCACGGUCCAUUUCGUUCCCGGCAGCCCGAGCCGUGUCACCUAUUCCCCCCUGGCCCUUAAUUCCAAAAAGCGGGGACGGGAACCCCAAAUUCCACUUUCCGACUAACUGUGAAGUUGGCAUCCAGCCGGCUGCGCGCAUUCCAAGUUCUGUGCCAGGACCUGCCACCGAGAAACGGGCCGCUGAAAAGCCCACGGCCCCCACAUCCGUGCGAGUAAAUCCCAUCCAGCAGCACCGUCACGCGCGGCACACGCGGGGGGCCCCCGGCGCGACCUCCCGGCGGGCGGGGGCGGCGGCGGCACCGACGCGGCCUGGGCCCUCCCGAGCCCGCGCGCCCUCCGGCCCCUGGACCACAGCCCGAGCCCGAGCCCGAGCCCGAGGAGCGGCCGAGCGGGCCGGGCGGCGGGCUGUGAGCCGCGCAGGCCCCGCGCCGCCGCCCCAGGCCUUCGCCAAGCCCCGGCCUCUCGCCGGCGGGGCUGCGGGCAACAAAGGCGGAGGCCCGGCCCGGCGCGCCGCGGACGGGGAGGCCGAGGGGUCGGACCGGCGCUCGGCGGAAGCAGGCCUCGGCCCUCCCCCGCCCGGCUCCCCGCCCGGCCCGGCUUCCCGGACGCCGCGUCCCCGCCGGCCGCCCCCCUGCCUCCCCGCCCGCGGACCCGCCGCGGCGGCCCGGGCCUCGCGCCGCCCGGACCCUCGGCUGCAGGCGCGCCGGGCGGCCUCCCCAGCCCCGCGCGCGCCGGAUCCGCCCCCGCCGCCCCGAGGGGAGCAGCAGCCCCCGCGGCCAGUUUCCCGGGUUACGGAGGAGAGGGCGCCGACGGCAAAGCCCGGACCCAGCCCCCGACUCGGCUCCGCAGACGCUCACCCGGCGGCGGCCCGCUCCGCUUCCUCGCCCAGCGCCGGCGCGACUGCCGCGCUCGUCCCUCCUCUCCCGCAACUCCUCCCUCCUCCGCCUUCCUCCUCCUCCUCCUCCUCCUCCUCCUCCAGGAGGGGCGCGCGGCGGCGCCUGGGCCCGAGCGCCGAGCCCGAGCGGAGGAGCCGAGCGGGCCGGCCCGCGCCCUCUCCUCGGCCCGCGGCGCAGGCGGGCGUCCCGGCGCGGGGGGCGGGCCGGGCGGGGGGCGUCCGGGGGCGGGGGGCGGGGACGCGCGGGGUCGCCGGCGUCCCGGAAGGGGGAGCCGGGGCGCGCGGAGGGCGCCGGGGGCUCGGGCGCGUCGGGGGACGCGAGGGGCGGAGAGGCGCGCGCGGGGCGUCUGAGGGCCGGGGGCGCGCGGGGUCUGGGCGCGUGCGGGAGUAG